AUGCGCGGCCUCGAUGAAAGCACUGAAGCCCUGUUGCGGGUCGGGCACGACGCCAAGCAACAGCUUUCACAGGCGUGGGAGGGGUUCAUUGAUUUUGCGGCGAGGGAUAAUGUCCUAGAGGUUGCGUUGGGGUUGAUUAUCGCGCAAUCGUUUACUGGGGUCGUUAACUCUUUCGUGUCGGAUAUGAUUCUUCCAAUCGUGUCGCUCUUACCCUUCCUGAACCGCAAUAUGGAUGAGAAGUUUGCGGUCCUCUCCAAGGGACCGCAUUAUGACGAGGAGGUGGGGUAUAACACGCUUGGCCAAGCGAGGGAGGACGGGGCGCUUGUGCUGGCGUACGGCGUGUUUCUAGAAACCGUCCUUAACUUUCUGGGCAUUAGCUUGACCUUAUAUACCGUUGCACAGGUGUAUAUGCGCGUCUCGCAUGACAAGAUCAUCAAGCGGCAGGUCAAGUGCAAGUACUGCCUGAAGUGGAUUAGCGAUAAGGAUGGAAGAGAAGAGUUGCAGGGAGCGGGAUGUUGA